CUCCCUUUCUCAUUCCAAACGACACAGAAACACUCGCACUCACAAAUCAGUCUCUCUCUGUCUCUGUCUCUCUCUCUGUCUCUGUCUCUCUCCCUCUCUCUCGCCCUCGGCAGUUAACCUGCUUCAAUUCAAUCCCACCACCUACUCUCUCUCUCCUCUCUCUCUCUCUCUCUCUCUCUCCAAUUCCAUUCCUUCAUUCAUUGCAAUUUGCGUGUUAUUUGAAAAGCUUGAAGCCUGCUUGGUUGCUAUGAAAACAUAUUCUCGGAUUUUCUGAGAGCAAGAGAACAUCAGCUGGAAGAGUAAUUAAGCGAGAGAUGCCGCUGGUGAGGUUUCAGGUGCGGAACGAGUACAGCUUGGGGCAGCCUCAGCUGUACAAGGAGGUGAACAGAGAAGAUCCCAAAGCUGUGCUCGACGGCGUCGCCGUCUCCGGCCUCGUCGGGAUCUUGCGCCAGUUGGGUGAUCUUGCCGAGUUUGCAGCAGAGGUCUUUCAUGGCUUGCAAGAGCAAGUGAUGACUACAGCUUCUAGAAGCCAUAAACUGAUGGUUCGUGUGCAACACAUUGAAGCUGCAGUUCCUCCCCUCGAGAAGGCUGUACUUGCUCAAACAAGCCACAUACAUUUUGCUUACACCAGUGGUAUACAGUGGCAUCCUCGUAUUCGAAAUGAGAAAAAUCAUUUCAUCUACAAUGACUUGCCUCGUUUUAUUAUGGAUUCAUAUGAAGGAUGUCGGGAUCGUCCACGUUUGGAUUUACUGGACAAAUUUGAUACUGGUGGCCCAGGAUCUUGUUUGAAGAGAUAUUCAGAUCCAACCUUUUUCAAAAAAGCAUCUGCUAUCCCUGAUGAAGAAAAUGUUGAAAAAGUCCGAAGGUCUAGGAAGGCUCAAAGAAGCAAGAAGAAAAGAGGAUCACAACGUAAAGGAGAUGUAUUGCGUGGUGCAUCAGCAUCUAAUCGCAGUAGCAGAAUGCAAUAUAUUUCUCCUAUUGUAAAUGGGCAAAGCUCGUCUUCUCAAACUGCCUCCACAGCCGACGUGGCAUUGAAAUCUGACCUGGGGGACAAUUCCACUUCUUUUGAUUCAAGAACUGAGUCGGGAUAUAUUGAGUAUGCUGCCCAUCCAAGUUCCUCCAUGCAAGGCGAAGAACAUGAAUCCAAGGAAUCACCUACUUCUAAAUUGGUGCAACAUGUUGAUACUAUUGAUUCUGUCUCACCUGCGGAUCCAACUGGAUUUGUAGAUGAUAACUCUCCUGGAAGUUCAUUACAGGACCAAGUUACCUCUGGUUCAUCUUGUGUUAACUGGGAUGAGAAAACAGAGAUAGUGGAUCGGAAAUGUCAACAGAAUGGUAUAGAUGAAACUACAGAGACGCAUCCAACAACAGAUAACUUGGAUGCACAUGAAGCAGGAGCUGGUAACUUUAGAAUUAUUGAGCGAAUGGAUGCCCUCUUUGAUGAUGAAAACAUUGUGGAAUCAAUCUCGAGCGGGAACCAGACUGAUGAAAUUGAAAGUGAACCAGACAAUUUCAUGGAUGCGCUUAACAUCAUUGAAUCAGAAUCUGAAACCGAUCUUGAUUGUCAAACAAAACGAGAAGUGGAACAUAUUGCCUCUGUUGUCAACAAUGAAGGACCAUACGGUGUGCAUGAGACUACACGCGAUUGUUCGGACGAUCAAACUCCAAUUUUUGAAUCUCAUACUUCAACGUCUUACAUUUCCUCCGAAGUAGAAGUGCCGACAGAUCUGCCAAACUCAGCCUUGUUAGAGAGUCCCAUACAUAAGCAGGUGCCUCAGAUAGACAUGGAACCUUCUAAUCCAAACCACGCUGUAGGCACCAAUAGAGCUGACAUUUUUUAUGGUUCAAGGUUAGAAUCUGUUAGUGGUGAUUCAGUAUCCUCUGGCUCGGGAACUACUAACUUGCAGGAUAAGACCAUAAGCAGUAUAUAUAUUCCUCAAGAAUCUCCUGCUGACGUUUCCAGGAGCAGUUCAACAUCUCCUUCCUCUGGAACCGCUAACGAUCAGGACAAGACCAUAAGCAGUUUAUGUGAGGCUCAAGAAUCUCCUGCUGACGAUUCCAGGAAUAACUCAACACCCUCUGUCUCUGGCUCUGGAACUACUAGUGUGAAGGAUAAGAUCACAAGCAGUUUAUGUGAGUCUCAAGAAUCCCCUGCCGACAUUUACAGGAAUAAUUCAAUAAAUUUCUGGACAAAUGGUGGCCUAUUAGGACUUCAGCCAUCAAAACCUCCUGAUUUCAGCAUGUCAAGUCCUAUAAGUCAAGAUUCUGCUAACAGAAAUCACACUGAGACAGUUGAUCUCUCAAAUCAUGCUUACAAGCAUAUAGUCGAUGAGCUUGAAAGCAAAGAUAGUCCGUUGGUUGAGAAUGCUGGCAGUAAUGAUAAGGAUUUGAGUUCUAAAUGCUCCAUAUCAUGCUCUGAGAAUCAAGAUGAUGGCAUCUCUUUCAAGAAAAUACCUAACGGAUUUUCACCCACUGAGUUAUAUCCAAAACUUCGUAAUAUUGGUGAUUCUCAUACGAUAGAACCUGGGACUGUGUUGCCAGUUGCUCCGUCCACUUCCAAUGAAGCGAAUCAGGAGAAAGAGGAAAACUCUUCUUGGGUUUUUGGGCUUGGCCGUAGGUUACUUGUGAAUGAUUUUGGUCGAAAAAUUGCACUUGUCCAUGAUGACGGAUCUGAGCCUACUCGUUAUUCAGAUGCUGGUGUACUGGACCAGAGAAAUGAGCAGCAGAGAGUAGAGUACCAAGCAUUUCCUGAGACAUCCGUCAGAGAGCCAUUUGAGGAUGGAAUUGGUGUUGAUUCAUCUCCUUCUUCACCACCACUUGAAUAUAUGAAAAUAUCUUUUCAUCCCGUAGAUGGCAUUGAAACUUCCAUACUCAAACUGAAAUUAUCUGAUGGAAAUCAAAGCCAUGAAAGUGCAAGAGACAUGUUUCAGUCAUUUCAGUUGAUCCCAGAACCUGCUGUUCCUCUGCAUGAAUUUGUUUCUGAUUCUGACGAUGAUACAUUCUGUAGAUCAUCUGCAUAUAUAUCAGAUGAUUGUCAUAGCCAUCUCUCUGAAUCGAAUUCUGAACAAUGGGAAUCUGGUGAAACUCUAGAAAGAAAUAACCAUGAACUAUAUGAUGGUUUAUGUGGAAUCUCAUCAGAGGAGCUAUACGAUGGUUUUUGUGAAAUCUCAUCAGAGGAACAUAUAUCCACCUCCCCAGUACUAGACGGAAUAUCCCAUAAUGCCACUUAUGGUGAUGGUGGAAGUAAAAGUGUGCACACUGAGAAUGGUCUGGAACAUUCUCUCUCUGAUCCUCUACUUGAUCUUCCAAGUUUCAAUGCUUUAGAACCUGUACUUCAGCAAGAAGCAAAAGAUGAUUCAGGUCCAAAGGAUCUCCCUGGUUUGAGAUGUUCAGAGGAUUAUACACCAGGAUCACCACCUCUCCCUCCAGUGGAAUGGCGUGCUUCAAAACCAUCCUUGAAUGUUGCAGAAGAAAAAUAUGUAUUCAAAGGUUUUAGACAUGCAUUAAAUGCAGAACUUUUGGGGUCUGUCACCCUCCAGCAACCUAAGCCAGCACCAAUACAGCAACAACAAAUGAAUGAGGAUUCCAUUAAACCGCAAGACAAGCAGGACCACCACAUGAAUGGACAGAAAGAUGCUGAUCAGGAUCUAAAUGGCAAAGGGAUAGACGAAAAAGAAGAUUUCCUGCAACAAAUUAGAAUAAAGUCAUUCAACCUGAGACGCACAGUGCCAGCAAAGGCAGCCGCCACCCCAGCACCUGCCGCCAAUGUCAAAGUCACCGCAAUUUUGGAGAAAGCAAACGCCAUUCGCCAGGCUGUUGGGAGCGAUGACGAUACCUGGAGUGACACUUGAUUCAGCCGCGGUUUGUGCCAUCCCAGGAGAAGCAAUCCACAAACUUGGCCGAGGCUGUGUUAAAUAUGUGUGAAUAAUUUCAGUUUCUUUGUGUAAUUAGGUGUAGGGGCCAACGCCAAUCUUGUAUCCAUCCAGUGAAGUAUUUUGAUUGAUUCCUUCAGGUGGAAAGAUGAGAUAAGUUGUUGUCCGGUUGAGAGUACAUGAUCAUCUUUACAUAUUUGAGGCAAUCGUUUAUACAAAAUGCCAUAAAUGCCUGAUUACAUACA